CCAUCCGGAAAUUCUUUCAAAAUUAAAAGUGAUGAAAAAAUGUUUAGGUGAUAUUUUUGAAAAUAUUUUUGAAAACAAUAUUUCAACAAUUUUAUUUGCUCGAUUGAUGGAGCUGUCUUAUGAUUUGAACGAUAAUUGAAUGCGACCAAUAUUACGCAUGCGCCUUGCAUCGCAUAUCAAUGUUAUUGUUGACAAUCAGUGGCUCUGCUUGGAGGCUGUUUGCGACAAAUAUCUUUAUACAAAUCAUGUACAACUGGUACGUUUCUGUCGGUUCUAAAACAACAUAUUAAGACUGUUUUGAAAGUACAAAGUAUCUUGUAACAAAUGUAGAUGUCGUGUUGCAAAUUUAACUAAUAAAUAAAAAUAAUCUUGGUUACGUGCUUGUUAAGCGUUAUUUAAUUGUUUUAUUGUAAAAAGGUAAAGAGCGUCAACGUAAAACUUGUUUAUCAUGUUAAAAACUGUUUGGGCCUCGGAUCAACAAUUGUACUACAAUCAUAUCUCGCUUAAAAUGUUCAAUUGCAGUAUAUCAAUGAAGUGGUAGAUGUUUUUAUCUUAAAAAGUAGUUUAACUAAUUGUAUAUAUUUAUCUUAAAAAGUAAAGUUUAACUAAUUGAAUAAUUGAAUUAAAAAGACAUGAGUGACUCGAUGUGCAAAAAGUGUAUGGAGGGAGAUGGUGCUAUUGCAAGUGUAAUUAAGCAAGAAAAUACUACAGUGGUAGUAAAUCCUUCUUCAGCUUCUGUGCCUAUUCCCAAUAUCUCUGGAGGACACAGAGGCGAACGAUCACUUUAUGAGCAAUUUUCACCUUCACCCUUAACAAAUUCAGCUAUCUGGGUUUGUAGCAGUGGCAGUCUGGACAGCACUGGAAGUUUAUGUGGUCGGCAUCCAAAUGAAGUUCUUGUUGGUACCGAUAUCAACAGCAUGAAGUUGGAGCUUGCUGAACCACUUGAGCCUUUGCUUUCAUUUGGGAUGGAUGAUGAUGACAUUUUUCAGGUAGAUAAAGCUGAUUUAAUCCAAGGUCCAACACUUGCUGAGCUUAAUGCCAAUGAAGAUACGCUCCUUGGUGAUCUUAAUUUUGAUGAUUUGCUUCUGCCUGAUGAAAAUAUGCAGCCAUUACGACCAAACUCUGAUAAUCAGUCUCAUCAGCUACUCCACUCAAGUACUCAGCAGUCACAUCAACAACAGUGCAGUUCCUCUAUGUUGUUUGGUCAAAGUUCAAGCCCUUGUCCUUUUGGAAGCAGCAGUUUUCCAGUAACUGUGCAACCAACACUUGGUUGGGGGAAUCGUAAUGAUCAGAUACAAGCAAGUCCAUUACCUGCUGUUUGUUUCUCACAAUUCAACAAUGUGAAUAUCAGCUGUCAUCAUGACCCAGCAGAGGUUGUAGGCACAUCUAGUUUUCCAAGCCCUAUAGGCUCCAACAUUGCAGGAAGUUCAACGGCUAGUUCUGAGACGUCAUCGUGCCAACAGACUAUGUCACCAUAUAAACCCCACGCCUCUGGUCAAUCGACUCUUCAUGAGUUGCUUUUAUUAAGGCAAACCACAUCCAACGACAGCCCUGUAAGCAGCCAAAUGGAAGUAGGUAUCCAUACCGGUCAGGAUAUAAUUGGAAAUUCGACUGUAACUUAUAAACCGAAGAUAUCCCGAUUAUCGAUGUCGGCGCCGACUCAAACUAUGGGCCUCGAACAAAUUUGGGCUCGUCGAGAACCUCGUCAACAUUUGCUUAGCACCGGCAGUCUCGGUUUAGGAGAAGCUGGUUCAACUAGCAGUCUCAGUACCGGCUCAGCUCUCAGCCCAAACCCUUUUAGCCAACUUGAGCAUCACUUUAGCCAUGAUGAAGGUUAUGAAGAUAGCGAUGAUGAAAGCGAUCAUUAUGAUGAUGAUAGUAGUGAAAAUGAAUCAGCUGCAAGUGAGUUUGAAGAUCAGUCAGCCUGUACUGGCACCAAGCUUUUGUGUAGUAGCGGCGAAUCACUUUCUAAAGAUAGCAAACAGAAAAGAGAAAAAUACUUUUGGCAGUAUAAUGUUCAAGCGAAAGGUCCUAAAGGUCAGAGACUGGUAGCAAGGACCCGCCUUGAAAAUCCACAUGUACUCAAUGAGGCUACUGAUCCCGUUUUUAGUCCACAUUGUGCCCUGCAAGGUAUAAAACACAGCGGUAAAGCAAGGAAAGGUGAUGGCAAUGAUCUUACACCAAAUCCCCGCAAACUUCAUAGUAUAGGCAAGGAACUUGACAAACUAUCACGCAUUAUCAACGAUAUGACUCCUGUAUCAGAGCUACCGUUUCCAGUGCGUCCUAAAACUCGUAAAGAGAAAAAUAAGCUUGCUUCGCGAGCUUGUAGACUUAAAAAAAAAGCACAGCACGAAGCUAACAAAAUCAAAUUACAUGGACUUGAACAAGAACACAGACGGCUAUUACAUGGUAUUAUACAAGCUAAACAACUUUUGGCUAGUAAGUUAACAGAAAAAGAUUCAGAUAUUCAGGAAGAACUCACCAAACAAAUGGAUCAAGUUUGUAAAAAUGCAACAAAAGUGAAAAUAGCUAGCCAUACAACGGAGUUCGUCAAUAAGAUUUUAGAAAAGACAAAAGUUGGAGUAUUUGAUGGAAGCAUUGAUGAUUUUCAGUAGUUAUUGAAUUUGACCCAUGGUUCUCAAACAUCACUGAUUAGGAUUAGUGGGAUUGGUCUUCAUAUUUUACGUGUUCUGUUAUAUUAAGAUAUGGUAGAUUACUACAUCGUUACCAUUUAGUUAUUAUUAAUUUGAGUUAGUUUGUAUUAUUUUAAUUAAGCAAGUAUCAAUACAAAAAAAUUAUAAUUGAUAAAAUACUUUAAAAUUAGACGACAGAAAAUAUAUUGUAAUAUCACUUAUGUAAAAAACAUUAGUUCUCUUGGUCUACCUCAACAUAAUAUUACAUAAAUGAGUACAUUAAGCUAAAAAUCUUAAUUAUCAUAGAUAAAUAUUCAGAUAGCUGAUUGAUGUAUAAAUAUUUUUAUGCUCAUACAAAUGCAAAUGAUCUUAUUUUUCUUAUUGUAAGUCUCUCCGCAUAUUUUCACUGAGCUACAUAAAAUUCUACUAGUGUUGCAAUAAAUGUAGUAUACCUAUUCUAUUUCUGUAAAUAUUUUUAUUUGUGCUCAAUGUUUUUUAUGAAAUAUUUUGACU